GCCUGCGCAGAUUCAGAAAGCGCAGGUGAACUGAAGGAUGGCGGGCACCGGUUUGGUGGCUGGAGAGGCUGUGGUGGAUGCGCUGCCGUAUUUUGACCAAGGUUAUGAAGCGCCUGGAGUGCGGGAAGCGGCUGCGGCACUGGUGGAGGAGGAAACUCGCAGAUACCGACCUACUAAGAACUACCUGAGCUACCUGACAGCCCCGGAUUAUUCUGCUUUUGAGACAGACAUAAUGAGAAAUGAAUUUGAAAGACUGGCUGCUCGACAACCAAUUGAAUUGCUCAGUAUGAAACGAUAUGAACUUCCAGCCCCUUCCUCGGGUCAGAAAAAUGACAUUACUGCAUGGCAAGAAUGUGUAAACAAUUCUAUGGCCCAGUUAGAGCAUCAAGCGGUUCGAAUUGAGAAUCUAGAACUAAUGUCACAGCAUGGAUGCAAUGCCUGGAAAGUAUAUAAUGAAAAUCUAGUGCAUAUGAUUGAACAUGCACAGAAAGAGCUCCAGAAGUUAAGGAAACAUAUUCAAGAUUUAAACUGGCAGCGAAAGAACAUGCAACUCACAGCUGGAUCUAAAUUAAGAGAAAUGGAGUCAAAUUGGGUAUCCCUGGUCAGUAAGAAUUAUGAGAUUGAAAGGACUAUUGUACAAUUAGAAAAUGAAGUCUUUCAAAUGAAGCAGCAACUUGGAGAGGCCAACAAAGAAAACAUCCGACAAGACUUCUGAAAAGACAUUAAAUUGGUGGAUCGGAAGGCAGGCAGGUUGGGCUUUCACAGAAGAUCAGGCACUGCUCUGUGAAGGUCAGCAGCAUCUUACAGAAAUCAUCAGUUGUGUUUAGAAACCAUAAAAAGUGGACUGUGAUCUUCUAUUUGUACAUUAGCAAAAUAAAAAGUUUCAGCGUGGUAUUUUUUUACCAUAAAAAAAAAAUCUUCAGACUUUCAAAAUAAGUAUGACUUUAGAAUAUGUCAUAGAAUUCAUUUUGAGCCACUUGGACCAUAUUUUAUAUCCAACAGAUCUUUAAUGAAAGUUUUCAACAUAUACAAGAAGGUGGAGACUUUCAGUUUAUAUAUUUUUCAAAUAAAGAGAUAGUUCUAUACAAAUUCUUGAUUCAAACAAGACUUAAGAAAUACAGUGGUGCCCUGGCCAGUGUGGCUCAGGUGGUUGAGUGUCGUCCUGUGCACCAAAGGCUCGCUGGUUCCGUUCCCAGUCAGGGCCCGUGACUAGGUUGCAGCUUCGGUCCCAGGUCGGGAUACAUAUGGGAGGCAGCCAAUUGAUGUUUCUGUCUCUCUCCCUCUCCUUCCCUCUCUCAAAUCAAUAAAAACAUUUUAAAGAAAAGA